AUGGCGGAUAAGAGAAAACGCCGACGAGCAGACGCCGAUUCCGACGACGAAUCUGUUCGCCUCCCCUUCAAAAACCGUCUCAAACCAGACUCCGUCAUCCUAUCAAUACUCGAAACCCUAACCGAAGCCACCAAAUCAGCCUCAACUUCUAAAACCCUAACCCUUUCCGAUCUCAACCUCUCAUCCACUUGCCGUGAAGUCACCGACUUAACCUUAUCCUCCGUACAAACCGAGAUCCAAACACUAGCCAUCUCUCUUGCUAAAUCGAUCCUCGCCGGCAACGGCUUCUCCUUCUCCGUCCCCUCACGCGCCGCCACCAACCAACUAUACGUCCCUGAGCUCGAUCGCAUCGUCCUCAAGGACAAAACCUCCGUUCGCCCCUACGCCUCUGUCUCCACCGUCCGGAAAACCACCAUCACAGCCCGUAUCCUGUCUCUCAUUCAUCAACUCUCCCUCAAAAACAUCCACGUCACCAAGCGUGACCUGUUUUACACCGAUGUCAAGCUGUUUCAAGACCAGACCCAGUCCGAUGCUGUUUUGGAUGAUGUUUCGUGUAUAUUAGGUUGCACUAGGUCAUCACUGAAUGUUGUCGCAGCUGAAAAGGGAGUGGUUGUAGGCAGACUUAUAUUCAGCGACAAUGGCGAUAUGAUUGAUUGCACGAAAAUGGGAAUGGGAGGGAAAGCGAUUCCUCCGAAUAUAGAUAGAGUAGGUGACAUGUCAAGCGACGCAUUGUUCAUACUCUUAGUUGAAAAGGAUGCUGCUUACAUGAGAUUAGCUGAAGACCGAUUCUACAAUCGAUUUCCUUGCAUAAUCGUGACAGCUAAAGGUCAACCUGAUGUUGCCACCAGGUUGUUCUUGAGGAAGAUGAAGAUGGAGCUGAAAUUACCUGUGUUGGCUCUUGUAGACAGUGACCCUUAUGGAUUGAAGAUCUUGUCUGUAUAUGGCUCUGGAUCAAAGAACAUGUCUUAUGAUAGUGCAAAUUUGACUACACCUGAUAUCAAAUGGUUGGGUGUUAGACCUAGUGAUUUGGACAAGUAUAAGAUACCAGAACAGUGUAGAUUGCCAAUGACAGAGCAGGAUAUUAAGACUGGUAAGGAUUUGUUGGAGGAGGAUUUCGUGAAGAAGAAUCCUGGUUGGGUUGAGGAGUUGAAUAUCAUGGUGAAAUCGAAGCAGAAGGCAGAAAUUCAGGCUUUGAGUACAUUCGGUUUUCAGUAUCUAUCUGAGGUUUAUCUACCAUUGAAGUUACAGCAGCAAGAUUGGCUAUAG